AUGGUGCUGUCUGCCGCUGAUAAGGCCAAUGUGAAGGCCGUCUGGGAAAAGGCCGGCGGCGAUGUGGCGAAAUUUGGGGGCGAGGCCCUGAACAGGACCUUCCUCUCUUUCCCCACCACCAAGACCUACUUCUCUCACAUGGACCUGACCCCAGGUUCCGGUGAUAUCAUGGGCCACGGCAAGAAGGUGGCAGAUGCGCUGACCGUUGCUGUUGGUCACCUGGAUGACCUGCCCGGCGCCCUGUCCAAGCUGAGUGACCUGCACGCAUACAAGCUGAGGGUGGACCCCGUCAACUUCAAGCUCCUGAGCCACUGCCUUCUGGUGACUCUGGCCAGUCACCUCCCCGGUGACUUCAGUCCUCCGGUCCACGCCUCCAUGGACAAGUUCCUCAGCACCGUGAGCACCGUGCUGACCUCCAAAUAUCGUUAA